AGAUGUGCGCAGAUGGAUUCACUGGCACUCUUGCUGAGCCUUUUUGAAUGUUUCGGGACGCUGGUUAUGUAAGAGAUUAAACGUGCGGCUGAAGGUGGAGACGCGAGGAGCGGACUGUCUGCUGGUGGUGGAAUUAGAGGCUGCACACACUCACCAUCAUGUGGCUGAGAGCUGACGGCUGAAGGCUGCGGGACGUCCAACAGACCCACCGUCUCUUCGGAGAAGCUCCAUUCGUCAAAAUGCCAACAUUCUCCGUCAUGUAUAGAGGAGCAGUCAUCAUCAGCAGGACACUCAUGGGUCCAUAUGGAGUCGACCGAGCUGUUCAUUCCAUGGAGUUUACCGACUGUGAGAAUGGCCUGGGAAUUAAAGUGAUAGGUGGAGUGAAGGAGGGCACUGGAGAGGAGUUUGGAGUCUACGUCAAACGGAUUUUACCAGGUGGCCUUGCUUCAAGUGAUGGAAACCUGUUGCCAGGGGACCAGAUCUUGGAGGUGAAUGGAGACAGUUUAGUAGGAGUCACAAGCGAAAGAGCUGUGGAUGUCCUUAGAGCAGCCUCCGCAACCAGUCACAUGCGCCUUCUCAUAGCCAGAGAUGAGGAGGCAAAGAGAGAAUUUGCUGAGCUGUUGGAGAAAUAUGGAUCCAAUGGUAGCACCGGCUCAACACGCAACUCCCCUAUCCAGCAAGGCAAUCGUUUCCUGGAAAGUAUGUCAUCCGGUUCCUCGUCUCGCUCUCAGAGUCCUUUGCAGUUGAGCCCAGCCGGCUCUCAGAACAUGUUCAAUAACAGUGGGCCCAUGCUGCGCUCGCUCAGUCACCCAGGUGAAGGAGUGAUUCAGCUGCUUUCAGUGGCACGAUCCAGCAGUUUAGGCAUCACCAUUGGAGGGGGCUCCAACCGGCCUGAUGGCCCCGCUGUCUUCAUCCAGGAGGUCCUGUCUGGAGGAGACUGUCACCGGGAUGGACGUUUGAGGCCUGGAGAUCAGCUCAUUGCCAUUAACAAAGAGUCCUUGAUAGGUGUGACCCAUGAUGAGGCCAAAGGCAUGCUGAACAAAGUCAAACUCAGCCAAGACACUGCAGUGGAGAUAGCCUUCAUCCCAGGUAAAGGACUUUUUCCAAGCAGCACAUCUCUCCACAACGGAGUCCAGCGAGCUGCAGGGAACAGCCACAGCUCUGGACGUUUAAAGGUCCACAUCAGAUCACCUGAGAGCUGCACAGAGGAGGCAGUCCAGGUGUCCUCUCCUUCUCCUGACAUCUGCCCACCAGAUAUUCACAUUUCAGGUUCAACAAGCCAGAGGUCACUAUCAGCAGCCAAACCUAAGAUCACACUGGACCCCCACAUACGCCUCAAAUUAGACAAGUUAGAUUUGGCUUUGUCCUUCCUCGGGCUGGAUGUCAACGAAGAGAAGAGGAAGAAGUUGAGACAGAAUCUGACCACAGACCCACAGGGCACUGUGGCCUAUGGAGACUUUGUGGAGGCUACAAGGAGCGUCUUCCAGGAGAACCUGGAGGAGCUGGGUUUAGGGGCGGGCCCCUUCAUGUUCUCCUAUCAUGAGGCAGCCAGUCUGAUGGACACAUCGGCCUUCCAUUCACCUACGUAUGAAUCUGAAUGCAGCUACAGCAGUGAGGAGAUGGAGCAGUUUCAGACGGAGGUGAAGCAGCUGCAGACCCAGAUGAAGCAGCUGAAGGUGAUGCUGAAGGACAUGGAAGACAGCAAGAAAACCAUGGAGGAGGAGCUGCAGAAGACGUCAGAGCAAGCAUGUUUGACUGUGGAGGAAAACACGCGUCUGAAGAGUCGCCUGCAGGCAGCGGAGGCUGAGGGGGGGCAGCGACAGGGCAGCAGUGCCGAACAGGACUACGAGGAGGUCAUCCAGCUGCUGGAGGCUGAGAUCCGAGACCUGAAGAAUCAGUUGGCCAGCAAAAGACAAGCACAAGGAGGGGAGGCACCAAAGGUGAAUUCCACACAGGAGGAGAUGCUGGAGCUGAACAGGAGGCUGAUGACCAUUGACUGCCGGCUGCAGAAGUCUGAGCUGAGCAGGAGACACCUGGAGAUCUCCAACAAGAAACUACUGGGCUUUGCUCAGAACGUCCACAAAGUGCUGACAACACCAAGCCUGUUUGGAGGAGAAGGCGGGAGCAACAGGUCGUCUCCAGCCACUGACAGCCCUGACACACCUUCACCACUUCCUGAUCCCGCCUUCCAGCUGGCUGUGGAGGCCAAAGAGCUGGUGGAAGGAGUCACUGCUGAUGGCGAAGCAUCGGACCGCGUGUCAGAGGCGGCGCCGGUGCCAGACAUCAGCCCGCAUCAUGUGUGAGGGACCAAGAGCCACAGAGGACAGUCUUGGGGGGGGGGGGGAGGCAGCACACAGCUGAACAGACCACACCACAUCAACAGCCAGACACGAGUACAACUUCAUCACUCCAAUCAAUUCCAAUCCUCAGUUCACGCUGACAGGUUGAACACAGCACAGCCAAUGUUUUAAUGCCAAAGCUUGCUCGCACACGUCAAAUUUGUGUCUUCCUUUGAAAUUUUAGACAGUCUUGCCGGAGGGUUCAGCAGCGGAGCGUGUUGAACUCAGCCGUGACCCGAGGACUCUCUUCCUUCCACUAAUCACAUGUACAAAAGUUUCUACGCGAAGUGCUCUGCCAAAUAAAAACAUCUGCUGGAAUUCUCUUUUGUGUUAGUCAAACAGCAGGUGAUGUUGGAGGGGCUGCAUGAUCGAGCCAAACACACACACACACACACACAAAUACACACACAGAUACACACAGAGCUAUAGACCUUGUUAAUACUCCUCCCUAACCUCUUUUAUAACCACACACAUAGAUUGACUCCAUGAACUGCAUGUGGAGGAUGACGCGUUUGCUUGGACAGGACAAUCCUGAGCUGGCCUCCCUCACCGUCACUUUUUUGCUCUGCCACAGAGGAAGUCUUUAAAUAACAUACAGUGUACCUUUUUCCAUCUUGCUAACUUAUAGAAGAGAACCAGGGCCAUGUGAAGUGUUUUUAAUGAAAAAGAAAAAAAACAUUAAUUCUGACUUUAAACUCAGAAUUCCAAAAAAUAAUUCAUUUUCAAAAGAUUUUUUUUAGAUGGCCCGAAUCCUUUUCUGUAAUAACUCUCCUGUUGCCCUUACUCAUGGAUAAAAUGCAAAUAAUGAGGUUCCUAAGGAGACUGGACUUGAGCAGUGUGUCGUCUGCAGGUUCAUAUCACUGCAUGGUUCAUCCAGGAGUGGCUGUACGUCACCGUAGCUCCAGAUGUGUAAACUUGUGUUUAGUAGUCACACAGUCAGUCAUAGGCUACAUGUGGAAUAUUGAGUUUAUUUAUACAGACGGCUGCAAAUGCUUUUGAACGUUCUGACAUGUCUUGUAGUGGAAUCAGUUUGCAUCUCUGGUGUGGCCUCAUAUUCUUUCUGUUACUAUUUUAUAUUAAAGCAAUAACUGACAACUGCA